AUGGGUGGUGGUACUGGCUCACCUUCAGAUUGUACACACAUAAAAAUACAAUCACCAGGUGGAGAUGAUGCUGAAUUAUUCCGAAACAGGAAGAGUUACAUGUCCAUUAAUAUGCAAACCAUCUCUUCUCCCAACUUAUUAAUCACAGAUAUUGUUGCCCGGUGGCCAGGGUCUACUCAUGACUCAACUAUUUAUCAAAAUAGCAGACGGUAUGAGAGAUUUGAGAGAGGAGACUACCAAGGCUCAUAUUUAUUAGGAGAUAGUGGAUAUCCUUUGAAGGUAAAUAAAAGUCAAAAGUAA